GGAAAGCAGAGGUGAGAGGGAUGUGGUGGCGUAUCUAUCGGUAAUAAUAAAGAAGAAAAUGACCAUGAAAUUACAACUUAAAAUCGGCCUCCAGGUCCUUUUGUGGCUUUGGUCUAAACAAGUGCUGCAGGAUGUGGCUGCAGGCCAAGGUCCAACUUCUCAAAUGAUUGAUGCAGACCGGAUGUUUGAGUUUUUGCUGGGCGGGGUAGAGAUCGACCAGGACAACAACAUCGUCCUGCUUGAUAAGGAGAUGGCUUCGAUGAGGGCGGGGCGAGCGUUCCUGUCUCAGAUCAAUGACAACAUUCCCAGAAGUCUGAGCUCAAUGGUACAGAUGCUGACCACAUUGGAGGAGCAGAGGAAGAGGCCGCUGACUCAGACACAGUUUGAAAGUCUUGUCCUGAGCAUGGUUUACUCUGCCCACCAGGCCGGGCAUCAGGAGAGAAAAGAGGAACAGGAGGCCUGGGGUGGAGUGCUCCUCCAGCUGGCGAAUGUUACGGUCCACCAACUACGUGGAAAUUAUCUCUUCAGUUAUGCUUAAUACACCGAUUGCCAGUCUGUAUGAAAUUAAAGAGCAUGCAAUAAAUCACUUGCCUUAAA